CUUCGAAUUUAAUAUUUGUUAUAUUUUUAAGAUGGAACGUGGUAGAGCUUCAGUAGAUAUGGGUAACCUCCGCCGCAACCGAACAAAGGAGAUUGCGAGGAAUCAUCCAAGCUUGCACAAAGGUAAGGGACGGGCCGGGGCUUCAUCUCAAACCCGAGAUGAUUUUGAUGCGGAUUAUAACCAAAGAUAUGGGUCUGCGAUGUCCGAUGAGCAAGUAGAACAACUAUUACGACAAAAUCAAGGGGCCUUCUUCCAUCAACAAAACAUCCCGACCAUUGACGAAGAAGAGCUCGAGGAUGAUGAUGCGGAGGAGAGGGAUCCGCAAACGGUCGAGCACGAGGUUCAUGGCACACCGUACGAUGAUGAAGAGCAAGCGGAAGUGGCUACUUCUUCCCAAGGCGGUGAGAAAGCUGAAUCAGUCUUUAAGGCAAAUUUUACAAAAUUUAAAGACCCCCAAACCGAGAUAUGGUACGCCACUUGCAAGCAUUGCCCAAAGAAGUAUAACUUGGGAACUUCUGGAGGGUACGGGAGCGCCACAAGGCAUCUUAAGGCCAAGCACCCGGCGGAAUAUGCGAAAUCAGACAAAGGCAAGGGAAAGCAAACACAAAUUUCAAGAUUUGGAAGUGGCCAACCCUUCGGUAAUUUCUCCUAUGAUGAUCAAAGACAUUUGACUGGUAUGUCGCAUUUGAUUGUUGAAGAAAAUUUGCCUUUUAUUUUUUCCGAAAGUCUUGCUUUAAAAGAAUAUGCUCAAGGUACUUUAAAUCCUCAAUUUCGAAACUAUAGUCGCAAAACAAUUAAAAAAGAAGUUAUAAGGCAAUAUGUUUUGGAAAAGGAAAAAUUACAAAUAUUUUUCGCAAACUUUGAUGGCCGUGUUACCAUAUGUAGUGAUAUAUGGGAGGAUACUCAUCAUCAUUUAUAUUAUUUGGGUUUGACUGCACAUUAUAUUGAUGAUGAUUGGUGUAUGCAUAAACGUGUUCUUGCUUUUCGUGAAUUUAAUGAUCGACACACCGGCGAUAAUAUUUAUAUUCUCAUUGAGCGUAUUUUAGUUGAGUAUAAUUUGAUUGAUAAGGUGUUUGCUAUUGGUUUUGAUAAUGCUACUAAUAAUACUGCGGCUAUUCCUAGAUUGCGUGAAUUGUGUGGUUCAUCUUCUUUGAUGGGUAGGUUUUUUCAUCAGCGUUGUGCAUGUCAUAUUUUAAAUUUAUGUGCAAAGGACGGUCUUGCGGCGUUGGGAGAUGCUUUGGAGGUGGUCAAGGGGGGGAUUAAACUGAUUUGGGCUAGUAAUCCACUUAAGAUGCAAUGGAGAAAUUAUUUGAAAGAAAGACAUGUCAAAUAUUGUGCUUUUCCUGAAGAUUUGUCUAUUCGUUGGAAUAGUACUUAUAAUUUAAUUAAAGUGCUUAUUAGAUAUAAAAACCAUUUUCCCGCUUUUUUAAGAGAAUAUGCUAACUAUAUUAUAAACCCGGCCGAUAUCGACACUUGUGAAAAAAUUGUGAAUGUUUUGGUGUUUUUUAAUAAUGCCACUGAAACUUUUAGUCAUGUUUAUAAACCUACCGCAAACCAAUUUUUUGUUGAAGCUGUUAAUCUCGCCGGCGCUUUUUCUGAAUUCUCUGACGCCGCUUACGUUAGUUAUUUUUGUGACUUCAUGAAACAAAAGUUUUUAAAAUAUUAUUCCUAUAUUCCGCAUAUAUAUGGUAUUGCAUUUAUUCUUGAUCCUCGUUUUAGACUUGCUUCUUUGGAGAAAUGUUUAGAUUACUAUUAUGCUUCUUUUUUUGGUCCAUUGCCUAUGUACGACGACAAGGCCAUAGACCCUAAACAACAAUUCCAAGAGGUUAGUAAUUUAUUAUAUCAAUUAUUUAAUGAGUUUCAUGCACAAUAUGGUAACGCACCCCCUCCCCCGCCACGAACAUCUUCUUCAUCUAAAGGAAAAUCAAUUUUCAAAUCUGCAUUUGGCAAUCUUAUGAAAAAAAGUAAAUCAACUCCGGUUAAUGAACAAAGCUCGAUCAACGAGCUUUCUUUGUAUCUAACAUUUCCUAUUGAUUAUGAAGAAGGGGAUGACUUUGACGUUCUUCAGUGGUGGAAGGAAAAAGAGAGAACGUUCCCGAUCUUAUCAAAGAUGGCUAAGCAAGUGCUAGCAAUGCCGGUAUCAACAGUUGCUGUGGAACAAGAGUUUAGUGCGGCCGGCAACGUCCUAACGGAUUAUAGAACGAGAUUAAGCGCAAACUCUCUUGAGACGCUUGUUUGCUUCCACGAUUGGUUGAAGGCCAAACGUAGAACUCAAGAAAUCAGCAUUGAACCCACUCGCCACUUUAUGGAAGAAACAACUGAAGAUGGAGGAAAUUCUAAUUGAUUCAUACUUCAUUACUUAUUAUAAAGUGUAUUUCAUGUUUUUAUUUUUGCUCAAUUUUCAAUUGUACUACAAAUAUCAAAUAAAUAUGUUUUACCCUUUUUUAUGUCCAAG